UGAUGACGAUUGCACUUCUUCACACUACAAAGAUGGCGACUUAGUGAGAGCCACCAUGCUUGACUGUUGAUAAAUCAUAUUUAAACUAUUUACCUUAAUAAAACGUACCGUAAAAAUACAACAUGUCACGACUUAUUGUGAAAAACCUCCCGAAUGGGAUGAAGGAAGAGCGCUUCCGUAACAUGUUUACAGCCUUCGGGACGCUGACAGACUGCGGACUGAAGUUCACUAAAGACGGCAAGUUUCGGAAAUUCGGCUUCGUUGGAUUUAAGAGCGAAGAAGAUGCAGCCAAGGCGUUAAAACAUUUCAAUAAAAGCUUUGUAGAUACGUCCAGAGUCACGUUGGAAUUUUGUACAGAUUUUGGAGACCCCAACAAAGCGAGACCAUGGAGCAAGCACAGCCACCAGCCAAACAAAACAAAAGAUGAACAGAAGCCUGAAGGAGAAAAGAGAGAUGAAAUCAAGGGAAAGAAAGGGAAACAGCCUCUUGACCUUCUUGGAGAAUUGAAAAAUGACGAAGGCUUCCAAGAGUUCCUGGCGGUGCAUAAAAAUCGCACACAGGUGCCUACGUGGGCUAACGACGCUGUGGAAGCUGGAGCAGUGGACGAAAGUAAAAAGCCAGAGAAAAAGAAAGCUGUCAGCGAUGACUAUUUAAACUUUGACUCUGAUGAGUCUGAGGAGCUGAGUGAGGAUGAGGAUGAGGAUGAAGAUAAGCAGGAUUCAACUAAGAUGGCUAUAAAGGAAAGUCUGUCAGAUAUGGACUACCUCCGCUCCAAAGUGGUGAAGAAACCAGACCUGGUGGAUGAGGAGGAGGAGGUGGAGGAGGAGGAGGAGGAUGAUAAUGCAGAAGAAGAAGGUUCAAUGCAACAAAUGAACACUGCAUAUGAGUCUGGAGAUAAAGACAAGCAGAAGCAAGCACCAUCAGCAUUAGCAUCACAAAACAAGUUUGAACCUGCUACAGAAUUCACAGUCAAGCUACGAGGAGUGCCAUUCACUGUUAAAGAGCAACAAGUGAGAGAGUUUAUGCUGCCUCUGAAGCCUGUGGCCAUCCGUAUCGCCAAGAACAAAGAAGGCCGUAUCUCAGGUAACGUGUAUGUGGAUCUGCACUCAGAAGCUGAGGUGGAAAGAGCUCUGAAACUCGACAAAGAUUAUAUGGGUGGACGCUAUAUCGAAGUAUUCCGAGUCACAAACUUCGCCGACAAGAGAAAAACGAGAGCAGCUCCACAGGAGAAAAACUUUGUCUCUGAGCUGAAAGAGGAUGAAGAAGAGGAGGAUGUGUCCGAAUCUGGACGGCUCUUCGUGAGGAACCUGCCUUAUACGUGUACAGAAGAAGAGCUGAAAGAGCUCUUCACUAAGCACGGUCAUCUCUCUGAGCUCCAUUUUCCCAUUGACUCUCUGAGUAAGAAACCCAAAGGCUUUGCAUUUAUUACCUACAUGAUCCCAGAAAAUGCAGUGACUGCUUUAGCUCAGCUGGAUGGCCAUAUAUUUCAGGGUCGGAUAUUGCACAUCAUACCCUCCAGGGUAAAGAAGGAGAAGCCAGAGCAGGGUCCCAAUGCUCCAGGUAGUUCUUCCUACAAGAGGCAGAAGGACGCCAAGGCUAAGGCAGCCAGUGGCAGCUCCCAUAAUUGGAACACGCUGUUUUUGGGCACGAGUGCAGUAGCUGAUGUCAUUGCUGAGAAAUACAACACGACCAAAAGCCAAGUUCUUGAUCAUGAGUCACAGGGCAGCCUGGCAGUGAGAAUGGCUCUUGGUGAAACACAGAUCAUUCAGGAAACUAGACAGUUCUUGCUGGACAGUGGUGUGUCUCUGGACUCUUUCAGUCAGGCCACAGGCCCGAGGAGUAACUCUGUAAUCUUGGUGAAGAACCUUCCAUCUGGAGUAGAAGUGAAAGAGCUGGAGGCACUUUUCUGCCCUUAUGGCUCUUUGGGGAGGGUUCUGCUGCCCCCAUCUGGCCUCACUGCUAUUGUAGAAUUUCUGGAGCCCACUGAAGCCAAACGUGCCUUCACCAGACUCGCAUAUACUAAGUUUCAGCAUGUUCCCUUGUAUUUAGAGUGGGCUCCAAUGGCUGUUUUUUCAACACCCCCUAAGCAGCACAAAGCAGCCGAACCUGAAGAUGUGAAUAAAAAUGUGGCAGAUCAGCAAACAGGCACAAACAAACAGGUUGAGGAAGACGAGGAGGAAGAGGAAGAAGAAGAGUUAAGUCUGCCAGGUUCAACACUCUUCGUUAAAAACCUGAACUACAGCACCACCGAGGACUCGUUAACGGAGACCUUCUCUAAAUGUGGAGAAUUAAAAAUGUGCUCUAUAUCCAAAAAAAGAGACAAAUCAGGCAAACUGUCAUCUAUGGGUUAUGGUUUCAUACAAUACAAAACCCCUAAAUCAGCUCAGAAAGCUAUCCGUCAGCUCCAAAAUUGUACUGUCGAUGGGCAUCAACUUGAGCUAAAAAUUUCAGAACGAGAAAUAAAGUCAGCUGUGACGCACACUAGCAAGAAGAAACAAGCAGCUAAAAAACAGACGACAUCUAAGAUCUUAGUACGAAAUGUCCCCUUCCAGGCUACAGUCAAAGAGCUUAGAGAGCUUUUCUGUACGUUUGGGGAGCUGAAGACUGUCCGCCUGCCAAAGAAAGGAGUUGGUGGAGCUCAUCGUGGCUUUGCUUUCGUGGACUUUCUCACAAAGCAGGACGCCAAGAAAGCCUUCUCAGCGCUGUGUCACAGCACUCAUCUGUACGGUAGGAGGCUGGUGCUGGAAUGGGCCGACGCAGGUGAGAGCGUUGAAGAGCUGCGGAGAAAAACAGCUCAACAUUUCCAUGAUGCUCCUAAGAAGCAGAAGCAAGCACAAGUAUUGGAGGGAAUCCUGGAGCAAAUGGAGGUCGGGGAGGGAGAUGAAUAAACAACAGUUAAUUUUUUUGAAAUUGUAUUUUAAUUUUAUUUACUUAUUACAGUGACCAGUCCCUUCAACAAUAACGUUGCUUCAUAAAAAUAUUGCUUCCCCACAGCUCAACUCUACCAGCUAGAUGUUCACAGUUAAUUCACAUGGAGAAUCCCUAAUUUGGACAGAAAUGCACAAAAUGUUUAAAUUGUUGUAUAAAAAUCUGGGCCAACUUGUUAAGCCAAACCUGUGUCCAAAAUUGAGUCGGUUUCCAUUAACACAUCCGUUAUUAUAGAAAAUUCUUAAAAUAAUGACAUGCCUGUAUUUUUGUCAUGAUUAGUUUAGAAACUGUAUCUUUGUAAUAUACAUUUUAUUCAGUGUAUGGAAAGUAUUUACUUUCCAAAUUUAAAAGUGUAUUGUAUUUAUGGACAAGAAAAGAAUGAUGGUUUUGUCUAUUAAAACACAUUUCUGAUUCCUA